AUGGAAAUGGAAAAGGACCAACAACCCUCGACGGAACAGAAGCUUCUGGAAAAUGAUAACCAGGAUCAUAGCAAAGGCGAAGCACCCAACCUCCUCAAUUGUGAAGCUGGCUCGGUAGCUUCCCUCUUCCAGGAGCUGUUGCUGGUUCUCUCUUGCUGCUACUUGGAUAAUCGGUGUUUCUUUCAACUGGGUUGUGGUUUGCUGGUAAAAAGUUCUCUUUUGUGGGGAUUUUUAUCUGGGGUAGAAGGUAUUGAAAAGGGUUGUUGUUUUCUGGCUGCGAGCCCUUUUGCUUUCUAG